UUACUUGUGUGAUGAGGAAGCCGGAAAUACGUAUGAUCACGUAGAGUGCUGUGCGACCGGCUCGGAGCAGUGUGUAGCACCUAGUUUGGUCUUCUUUCUUUGUAAAACAUAUUUUUAAAGCUGUUCUUUUUAAAUUUCCCGGAGCCACAUAAGCGGGUCCAGCUGCUGUCAUGUCUUCCGAUGCCCUGAAAAAGCGAAAACCUAAAGUGAUCCGCAACGAGGGAGGCACCCCAGAGAACAAGCGCAGCAGAGGGGACGGUGACCAGGCCAGUAUCUAUAACUGUAGCUUAUUGUGUAGAGAGUUUUCAGUAGAAAUUGAGGAGCGCCGAAUGCAGAGUUGCAUCCACUUCAUGACGCUGAAGAAGCUCAACCGCCUGGCACACAUGCGGCUGAAAAAGGGGCGUGACCAAACCCAUGAGGCCAAGCAGCGAGUUGAUGCCCUUCAUCUGCAGCUGCAGAAUCUGCUGUAUGAAGUCAUGCACCUUCAGAAAGAGAUCAGCAAGUGUCUUGAAUUCAAGUCCAAGCACGAAGAGAUAGAACUUGUUACUUUGGAUGAAUUUUUCCAGGAAGCACCACCUGAAAUCUCUCGGCUACAAUUCACAAAGGAUGACCCCCACCAGCAGACGUUAGCCCGCCUAGACUGGGAGCUGGAGCAGAGAAAGAGACUUGCAGAAAAGUACAAAGACUCACUGGCUAGUAAGGAAAAGAUUCUGAAGAGCAUUGAGGUGAAGAAGGAGUACUUGAGUAGCUUGCAGCCAGGUCUUAAUGCUAUCAUGCAGGCCUCCCUUCCUGUGCAGGAGUACCUGUGCAUGCCAUUUGAGCAUGUGCAGAAGCAAAAUGAAGUGGCCAGACACCUGCCCCCGCCUCUGUAUGUGCUUCUCGUCCAGGUCAAUGCCUACAGUCAGGCCUGUGAUAAAAGCAUCACUGUGUCAAUUAGUGGUGAUGUGGAUGAAGCCAAGGCCUUGUCCAAACCACCAGAGGACUCCCAAGAUGAUGAGAGCGAUUCUGACGCAGAGGAGGAGCUUCAGAACACAAAGAGACGGCGGCCAACACUCGGUGUACAGCUGGAUGACAAGCGCAGGGAGAUGCUGAAGCCUCAUCCCCUGUCCCUCUGUGUGGACCUCAAGUGUAAAGAUGGCAGUGUUCUGCAUCUAUUCUUCUACUACCUGAUGAACCUGAACAUUAUGACUGUGAAGGCCAAGGUGUCUACAGCUGCAGACCUGGCCGGAGCCAUCAGUGCUGGAGAGCUGCUGAAUUCAGAGACUUUGCUCAGCUGCCUGUAUGCUAAUGACAAAGGUUCAGAGACUCCUAAUCCAGCCAAUCGAUACCAGUUUGACAAAGUGGGGAUUGCCACAUUUGGGGACUACGUGUCAGAGCUGGGACACCCCUACAUCUGGGUACAAAAUCUUGGAGGGCUCCAGUUCCCCAGCGACAGGCCAGAGGCUCCCCCAGAUGGAAAAUCCCUGAGUGCCAGCCACAUGGAGAGCAGCAUGAAACUGCUGAAGGGCCGCCUGCAGUCUCGCCUUGCCUUGCACAAGCAGUUCAGUUCCCUGGAGCACAGCAUAGUACCCGUAUCAAGCGAAUGUCAGCACCUUUUCCCAGCCAAAGUGGUCUCCCGUCUGGCCCGAUGGACCACUAUGACCUACCUGGAGUAUGCGGAGCUUCCCUAUACCCAGCAUGUAGUCCAGGCUGGCUUGGCGCAGGACACUGACCUGUACUUCCUGGCUCAGGUAGAAAGAGGCACUGCGUGCUUGCAGGCGGCAAUGGUGCUAAACCCACGCUACCCUGAGGUCACCCCGCUGUUUGCACUCUCCCUCAACUGGAAAGGGGAGCGCACUGGCCGUACUGAUGACAACCUGAGGGCCAUGGAGAGCGAGGUGAAUGUGUUCAGGAUGGAGCUGCAGGGGCCCCGCCCAGGCUAUCAGCUGCUGACCAAUCAGCUGCAGCGGCUCUGCCUGUGCCUGGACGUGUAUCUGGAGACAGAGAGCCAGGAUGAUAGCGUAGAGGGCCCACGUGAGUUCCCUCGGGAGAAGAUGUGCCUGCGGACAGUGAGGGGUCCGAACAGGCUGAAGCCUUUUAAAUACAACCAUCCCCAGGGCUUCUUCAGUCACCGCUGAGUGAAGAUGAGGAUUGCGCUACAUGCCAGCCUCUCCCUUGAAUGGCUUGUUUUUUUUUUUACUUGUCUGUGAAUUGGACAAUAAAGGUGGUUGUUUUUCUGAGAA